UCCAAACAUGGCAGCUCUCUCGUGUCACGUGACUCCCGCUGGGGACUGGGAACAUGGCGGCUCACUGGUUGUGUUUACGGUUCUGGGUUCUCCUCGGAUGGUUCUCCUGCGUCCUGAACCACCUCACCACGGGGGUCCUGGGGGAAAAGCUGGACAGCUGCGGAAACCUCCGCCUCGGACAGUACCUCUGCAGAGACCCCAAGAUCGACGAGGCCACGCAGGAGGCAGAGAGCUGCAGAGGCCGCCUGGCCUGGGUGGAAUGUCUGCCUGCCCCCAACAUCACCUGUCGCCUGGACAACGGCACAGAGCUCCGCUUCAGCGGAGAGGAGGUGGGCUUCAACAAGACCGCCCCCUGCAGGAACGUGACUGGGUACUCCUACAAGGUGGCCGUAGCUCUGUCUCUGUUCCUGGGAUGGCUCGGGGCCGACCGCUUCUACCUGGGCUACCCUGCUCUAGGGUUGCUGAAGUUCUGUACUGUCGGCUUCUGUGGGAUCGGUAGUCUGAUGGACUUCCUGCUGAUCACCAUGCAGAUCGUGGGCCCGUCUGACGGCUCAGACUACAUCGUGGAUUACUACGGCGCCCGCCUAACCCGGCUGUCAAUCAACAACGACACCUACAGGAGGACGCAGCUGUCGCCCUGAGGUUAAUCUGAUCUUCAGACGAAGAGGAGUUUCCUGUCCUCAUGCAUCACUUCCCGUCAGCCAUGUUUAAAUACUUACCCCGUUAAUUAAAUAUGGACACACACGCACACACACACGCAUACACACACACACACACACGUGUGUACAGUUUUUUUGGUUUUUAAUUUAUGUUUGGAACUGUCUUUGUAAAUAAAGUCCUUUUGUGGAACAUAAA